UCAAAAACCUGCAACCUAUAGAGGAGGUGCAGCUGAAGACCCUCACGCAUCGACACAAACGUCCAUAGCGCCUUUUUUGUUUCCUUCAGAAUGGGGGGAAGUAUGCCUCGCUUCUGCCUCUCUGGCAUGCUGCUGCUGCUCAGCUUCGGAGCUCACGCGCAGGAAGACUCAACCGGGAAUUCGGCUUGCCCAUUGACGUGUGCUAACGAAUCGGUGUGUGUCUUCGGGACCGCUUCGUUUGCGGAUCACAAAUUACCCGACGGUACUGCACUCGAUAUUCAUCAAACCACGUCGAUUCAGAACUACUAUUGCUCCUGCCAACAAGGGUGGACAGGAGUAGCAUGCGAUGUUCGCUGGGAACGAUGCAGUGAUACUGGUGAUGAUAACGACAUCGAUGCCAUUCAUCACUGCUACAACGGUGGAGCCUGUAUUCCCGGUUUGACGGAUAAAUUUGGCAACGACCAGCUCUAUUGCGAUUGUCAAGAUGCGAUGGAUGACAAUGGGAAUCGCUACGUCGGAAAGUACUGCGAACAGUUUGAGGAUAACGAUGCAUGUGAUCCAGACGAUGCGGAUAGUUUCUGCGUCAACGAGGGAAUUUGCAAUCCCGAUUACCCGCUGUCUGGAGAGAACUGUCUCUGCCGAAAUGGCUUCGCUGGGCCACAUUGUGAAUACCGCGCGGGUGAUGUUCCUACAUGUGACUUGGACUGUCAAAACCAGGGCCGCUGUGUUUUGGGCAGUGGCGAAAUGCAAGACGACGACGAUGAUGACGGCAACGAUCGGUAUCAAUUCUGGGAUCACCAAUUGAGUACCGGGAUGUAUUGCGACUGCCCGGAAAAUUAUGAUGGUCCCUUGUGUGAAAUCUUGAAGGAACCUUGUGGAGACGAUUUUCACUGCUUCCAUGGCGGACAUUGCGUGGCGCGGCAGGUCAAUGAGGAGUGGAUUCAUCACUGUGAUUGCUCUCUCGCUGGCACGGGAGCAACUUCUUACGCCGGACGUUAUUGUCAAUACGAAGCGACCUCGUAUUGCACUAAAGAUGCAGGCUUGAAUGGUCACCUUUUCUGUGUCAAUCAUGGAACUUGUGCCGACGAUCCCUACCAAGGAUGUGAUUGUUUACCAGGAUUUACCGGCUUUUCGUGUGAAUUCGUUUCAUCGUUCGUCUUUGACGACUUCACAGCAGUUCCGAUUGACGCCGAGGAAGACGAUGAAUUUAGCAAUAUUGCGGAUGAGUUCACUGAAAAUUUUGGAGGUGAACAAGGCGAGGGUAGACCCUUAGUCGAUUCCCUUCCUGAUGAAGGACCUUGUACACUACCGUGUGAAAACGGAGGAGUCUGCCGAAACGGUGUGAAGGAUGUGACCAUAUUAGACGAUCUCGGCGCGCAGCAUCUAAACCGAACUCACAUAAACUAUGAACACUGUGUUUGUGAUGACGGUUUUGUUGGUGCGCAGUGCGAGCAUCAAAUUCAAAUUUGUGGUGAUGGUGAGCAUUUGUGUCUGCACGGUGGUACCUGUGUCACAGACAAUGAAAAUCACGCGUGUGAUUGCAGCACGACUGACAGCACAUUAUCCGGAGCGUUUGGUGGCAAAUCAUGCCAACAUCCUGCCAACGACAUUUGCACCAUUGGAGAGUUUUCUCCAAUGAGUUCUCUGUCAUUUUGUGUCAACGGUGGAGUUUGUGCCAAGAAGGUCACAGCUUUCCAAGAACAUCCUGGUUGCUCUUGCGAGAUCGGAUGGGCGGGCCCGCACUGUGAGCUUCGUGAAGAUGACACCUACCCAUUUGAUCGUCCAAUGACGAGUUCAACUGAAGAUUCUGCCAGUACGGUAAGAAGCAAUACAGCCUCGCCGUCUCAGAUUUUUGCCAUUCUAUUCUCUACGGUCGCCAUUAUAGCUUUUGCCGUCUUUGCUGGGAUUAUGUACCGUCGACGCCGGAUGCGUAACAAUGACCAGAUAUCGACCAGUCUCCGUUGGAGCGGCGAUUAUCGUGACGAGCCUCCCAAAGUGAAUAUUGCUCCUCGUAGUCAAUCUGGGGAAAUUGAAUCCUCAGACGUCUACUUUGCUAGCAUCGCAUCUCCUAAUCGCGAUCCCAUGGCAACCCAUUUGGCCCCCCACCAUCGUACCCGCCAAGCUUUGGACACUCCUCAUACAGGCGGCAUUGUGUCGCGAACAAGGGCAUCUAGCGGAUCUUCGGAGGAUGGAUCGCCAUCGGAUGACGCUUACUUUGUUGAGGAUGAGGAGCCCAAGAUUUUUAUUGGUCCUCCACGAGACGAAGACGGCCACGAGCUUCACAACGUGGAAAUUGUGUAGCUUGCAACCAAAUUGUCGGAUAGUCCCAUUGAAGGUCUACGACGCUGCGGGUCGUGAUCUGGCUGUUUAUCCCGUCCACAACUCAGUGGAUGAUUACAUUGAUAGAGACAUGUGUAGUAAGACAACUGUUUGAAUGCCU